AUGGAACAAAAACAGCUUCCCUUGCCGGCCUUAGUUCACCUUGAAAUCCUGAGAAGCACGACCGACUCAAAACUGGAGGAGCUAGAGGCAACGAGAAAGGAGGCUGAGCGUUUAGAAAUUUCACAUCGGUCCAUAAUUAGGGAAAUAAGCACCGUACAAGCGGCCAGUCAGGCAGUUACCGCCGUCGCCAUUUGCACAGCGCAUGCAAACAGCACCCAAGGAACAGAACAAAGGGCGCUCCAGGCUGGAGUUCAGGUUCUGAAGGAAGAGCUGUGCGCUAAGAAACGCGCUCUCGAGUCUAUAAGAGCAUCGGCGCUUGAGCGUAGGUGUGCACACAAUGCAUGCACAGAAUAA